AUGGCAGGCCACAACUUCAAGCAGCUCGUCUUCGAGCAGUUUUUCCCAGACAGCGUCCCCCUCCCAGAGCCUGAGCCUACCGCGACCACCUCGCCAGUACCUCCAGCCCUGGCGAGCAACACAGAGCAGCCCGAGGACGAAGUCAAGGCUCCGGAGCCGGACCCCGCUGAGAAAGAGGACGUACAAGUCACUACAAUCCCGCUACCAGGGGAGGUAACACCCGCUGCUGCGGAUGUGGCACCUCCAGAGUCAGACUUCCCGGAGCUGGAGUCGCCAGGGUCGGAGCUGGAAGACUAUGAACAGGAGACCGGUUACGAGUCUUGUACACAGGGUCAGAGCUCUAGUGACAAUGACAACAGGCUUAGCACAAUACCUGAAGAGCCGUCUGAGUCAGAGGGUUCCCACGACAACUUUCUACCAGUUGAUCCAAGGGAAGAAGACCACACUGAUGUACAAUUAACUGAUUUGCGCGGAGAACCACCACAAAUGGUUCUGGAGGGCCCUACUACUCCCGAAAUGUCUACCGACUUUAGUCCAGCUCAGCUUCACCCUGAAAGCUUCCCGCCCUUAUAUUUCAAUCCAGACAGAACUACAGUUUCCGGCACGCCCGGUGGUAUAGCGCCAUCGUCUGCUGGUGAGGGACAGUCGGUCAAACCAGAAAGUCAUGGACCCGCCGUCCCGGAAUUUGCGCAAGAGGAUCCAGCGAAUGACAACAGCGAAGACAACGGUCUGGGAGAUGGUGAACGGCAGAAUAUCGAUGCCUGGGCAAGAGGAGAAGCUGAACUGACAACCCGUGUUGAGCCCGAUAAUGAAGCCGGGUCCUCGGAUAUUCCCGAGUUAUGUAAUGUUCUACGUCCACCUCGAUUAUUGAACUCCUCGGACGAUAAUUCGUCGGAUACAUCAGAGGUUGCUGAAGGCCAGUCGCAACACGAAUCCCUGGACGCGUUUCAAAGACGGUUACAAGACGAGUCCCGGGGACUUCCAGAGCCCCCUAUGGGUACGAUGGCCUCUAUGUUCGAUUAUGCUCCUUUUUCCGAGACUGCUUCCAACGCACCUGCUUUUCAAGACACUCCGCCCAACGAUUUGCCCGGCGAUAGAAUCGCAGAACCGACGGAUGCUGCCUCAUCUUCGGAUGGCACUCUCUUCGAUGCCGAGACCACCCCGCUGGCCACCCCGCUGCACAAUGGUAACGGCGUUAUUCCCACAUUAACUAGCUCAUUCGACAAAGGCACGUUCUUUGAAAACCUGUCGAGAGUUUUCAAAAAGGGAAGAAAACGAGCAGAGAAACUUCGUGAGCGGAUCACGUUGCUUGAAACUGGGACUGGCGGUGCUGUUUCAACGUCAAUUGAUGAACAGAAGAACAAGGACCACGUUCAACACAUGGCUGAAAAGAGAAGCCGCCAUAACAGUAUCAUGAUCAAAUUAUUAAAAGAAGGAUACAAUGUUCCAAUACCGUGGGAUGCACUCGAAGAGCCGCAAAAUGAAGAAGAAGAUAUCAGCAGCUCCGCGGGACCUCUCAUGAAGCAAGCACAAGCGGGAGUCUCUCCACCGCAAAACAUCUCUGAAGCUGGCAAAGAGGAAUCACUUGAAUCUGGAAGAGCCUUGGACAAAUUACUCGACGAAAAACUGGGAGAAGCCAAAAACGCUCAGAAAAAGGUAGCUAAAGGGGAAACGAAGACGGAUGGCCCCCAAGUUAACCCGAUUGAGCACCAGAAGCCAAAGGUUGCCAAGGAACCGGAUAACCCCGAGAAGCCAGAGGUCCUCAAGGCAAGGGGCGAUCAAGCUCCGGAGUACAAUUCCCUCGCAGAAGAAAGGCGUAAAGCCGAGCAGGAAGAUGCGGACCGCAAACCAGCAGAGCAAACUCAAACUGUUAAGGGCGAGGAAGAGAAAACCGCAAAGAAUGACGGGGAUGUCAAGCCCAAGACAUUGGAGGAGCGGCAAAAAUCUGAGCAAGAAGAAGAGGAUCGCAAACUAGCACAGCAGAUUGCCAAAACCCAACAAGAAGAAGCCGCAAAAGCUUCCGAGGAUGCAAAGCGCAGAGAGGCAGAGGAAGCUGACGAUCUAGCCAAGUCCACCGAGGCCGAAAAGGACAAAGCCCUCGGAGAGCGGAUCAAGGCUGCUGAAGCUGAAAUGCUCAAGGAAAUUGGACACGCAAGGGCUAAAGUUGCAGAGGCCGAAAGGCUCACAAAGACCGAAAAAAACAAGGUCAAAACGGCCAAUUCUGAGAUGUCCAUAGCCCGCAUAGAUGCCGAGGCUCUUGAAGAAAAAAAAUGCAAAGCCGCGCAAGAGGGCAAAGCCAAAGAUGCUGAAGCGCUUGAAGACAGGAGGCGCAAAGCACUUGAAUUGGCCGAAAAAGCUGCACUUGCAGAAAAAGAAGCGUCUGAAAAGGUCAAGGUGUAUCAAGAGGCGGAAGACAAAGCCCGUGAAGAGCUCAGACUCCUUGAGCUUGUGAGGCAGGACGCCGUCAAAGCGGAGAAGGCCAAGGCUGCUGAACUUGGGAAUUGGAACGUGGCCGUGAACGAAAAGGCAGCUGCAGCCGAAAGAAGAAGGAUCGUUCGCGAGGCAGAAGAGGCUACUUCGGCUAAAACAACCGUCGAGAAAACCCCCAAGACUUUUACACCAGGGGGAAAACUCACGUCUAUUGCUACAUCAAGAGGUGAUGCGUCGAGGACAAGAGACAAUCACAAAUUUGUGCCAUUUUUGAAGACUUCGAAAGUUGCUGAAGCAAGAAGCGAAGCCGCCAAAGAUGCCGAUCGCAAGCACGCAGCGGCCGGAGCUGAGAAGCGCCAGGCACUCGAGGCUGCUGGGGCUGAAAAGCGCAAAGAGAUCAAGAAGGGGAAUCAGCAGCCGGGCGUUGUGAAAGCUUCCGAAGCGAGCGUCCCCAAGGCUCCUGAAAAAAUCAUUAAACCCCCUGAAGCCGAUAUUUCCAAGCCUUCCGAAGCGAACGCUCCCAAGCCUGCUGAUCCGGCCAUUUCCAAAUCUCCUGAAGCGAGUAUUCCCACACCUCUAACAGAAGCAGAGAAACAAAGAAACUUUUACGAGGCCAUAAGGAGGCGCAGGGAAUGGGAAGCUAAACGGGAGGAGGCUAAGAAAAAAGAUGAGGAAACACGACGGGAGUGGUUGGAGGAGAUAAAGAAGCAAAUGCAUGCCAACGCCAAACCUGCUUCCACUCAGCAGGCGAAGGUGGAAGAGGCAUGGCCCAGUUUGCCCUCUCAAUCACAGCAGGUGAAGCCUGAAGCUCUGGGUGCUGCCCCUCCAUCAGUCAAACUUCCCCAAAUUAUCAAGAUUGCCCCGCCUAAAGAGAAGUCUCAAAGCUCCGCUAAGGCAAACCCGCAGCAGAAGCCUCAAUCGCCUACCCGAAAGCCGCAGCAAGCCUGGUCUCAACCGAAGCCAGAUGGCAAGGAUCGCGGAAAGACCCAGACUCCGGUACAGGUGAAAUCGCAAGAAAAAACUCAAGAGCAGGCUCAAGCUUCGGCUGCGGAAAACACUCAGGGUCAAUCUCAGAAGAACAUGAAAGGCCCGGCGCCAACGACGCACCCCGUUCCAGCCGAGGAGAAGCCACAGGAUCCACCCCAGCAGAAGAGUCAAGCUCCAGUUAAGAAGCAACCACAGUCCCAAGCACAGAAGAAGUCACAGCAACCACCCCAACGAAAGGAUCAAGCUCCAGUUCAGGAAAAGCCUCAAGUUCCAGCUGAGAAGUCGCAGUCUCCAGCUCGGAAGACGCCACAGCAUUCAUCCCAGCAGAAGAAUCAAGGUCCAGCUCAGCAAAAGCUUCAAGCUCCUGCCCAAGUAGAAAAACCGGAACCUUCUGCCUGGAAGAAAAGGAUCAACGAUUUGAAUGCUAAAAUCUCUGAAGAAAGUGCUCAAAGAAAGUCUCAACCGCCUCGACCCUCAACUGUAUUCAGGGAGAAAAAGAACGAAUUGCAGAAGGAGAAAAGCGCAGAUCAAGCCCAGGCUAAAGUUCCAACUGACAAGAAGCCUCAACUUAAGCCUCAAUCAAGCAAAACAAAGCAAGAUGUUGGACCUGAAGCUACUCCAGUUACAAAAAUGGACGACAAAAAGGUCGAGGAAACACCAUACGUUCCACCACAGCAUGAAGAAAUGUUUGAUGCUAAGGCGCAGGAAGACAAGCUGAAGGCCGAGAAAGUCGAAGCGGAAAGACUUGAGCACGAGAAAGCGGAGCAAGAACGCGUUGCACGAGGGAAGGCCGAAAGGGCAGAGCGCGAAAAGGCUGAGCGUGAGAAAGCUGAAAGUGAGCGGAUCGCAGCUGAGGAGGCGCGCAAGAAGGCCGAACAAGAAAAAGCUGAGCGUGAAAAAGCCGAGCGGGAGCGUGUUGAACGUGAGAAGGCGCGCGAGAAGCUUGAGCAGGAACGCAUCGCACGCGAGAAAGCUGAACUCGAGAAAGCUGAACGUGAGCGGAUUGCAGCUGAGGAAGGGCGCAAGAAAGCUGAGCAAGAAAAAGCCGAACAUGGGCGAGUUGAACGUGAGAAGGCUGAGCUUGAGAAGGCCGAACAGGAAAAGGCUGAGCGCGAAAGGGCUGAUCGUGAGAGAGCUAAGCUAGAAAAAGCUGAGCAGGAGCGUAUAUCACGAGAAAAGGCUGAACAUGAGAAAGCUGAGCGUGACAAGGCCGAGCAGGAGCGCAUCGCCCGUGAACAGGCCGAAUGUAAGCAGGCCGAGCAGGAGCGGGUCGCACGCGAGAAAGCCGAACGUGAAAAAAGUGAGCGCGAAAAGAUCCAACAAGACCGGCUUGCAACCGAGAAGGCCGAACGUGAAAAGUCCCAACGUGAAAGACUUGAUCGCGCGAGAAUUGAAAAAGAACGGCUUGCGCACGAGAGGGCUGAACACAAGAAAGCCGAGCGCGAGAAAGCCGAGCAUGAGGAAGCUAAGCGCCAGGUAUUCGAACGUGAAUUAGGCAAUCGUCAAAGGCUUGCUCGCGAGACGGCAGAGCGUGAAGAAGCCGAACGCGAGAGAUUGAUGCACGAAAAAUUCAAGGCUGAAGAAUUCGAGCGGCACAACCUCGCGGCCCAAAGGAUCGCACGUGAAAUGGCCGAAUAUGAAAGGGUUAAAGAACGUGGACCCGAGGAUAAGUAUGUGGAAGCUGAAAAACCCAAGCCAGUUCUCCAGAGUGGAACUACAAACCCGGUGGUCAAGGAAAAGGAGGAGAGAACCCGUGCUGGCCAGCCAAUUUUCAAUCUUGAUGGCUCGGAACCAAAGCACAAGGAUAAAAUGCUCCAAAUUUGCUUGAACUUGAAAGCAAAGAGGCUCGAGUUGAUUGAAAGCGCCGAGGAGUAUGGUGAAGUAGCGAAGCGCCAGAACGAGAAGAUGGAGGAACUUGUCCAUCUGAGGGAUCGCAAUCUCAUGAUCAGAGAGCAAGAGCUUCAGAAGAUAAAGAUUAUUGAUGAUCAACUGGAGAAGGAAGUUCGCGCUAUACGUAGAGUAAUCGCAGAAGAGCGACGAAAAAUGGAAGCGAAGGAGCGGAUGCUUGAUGCGGUGCAGGCGGAAGUGAAGGCUGAAAAACCUCUUGACUGGGUUCCAUUCAUUGUGUCCUCGGCCCAACCCAACCUGAACCGGGAGCAAGGACAUGAAAGGGGAAGGGAAAGGGAGCGCCGCUCUGCGGUGGGCUUGAGCAGUCAAAUUCCAGGAGUUCAUGAGAAUCAUGGCGAGGAAGACCCGCCGGAGGGACAUCCGGCUUGGGGACGUGUACCCGAGCAGGACCAGUAUCCUUCAGUUGACGCUCCGUCUUGGAAUUCGAGUCCUUUUAACGAAUCCGAAAAUUCAGCACCAGAACAGGAGCAGUCAGGAGGACUUAGAAACCCGCUACUCGAACCACCAAGGUCACCUCGAGUCCCUCAGAUAGCUGUGAUUCAUCCUACAGAAGACUACAAUGCAUCUCAGGUAUCAAGGCUACCCGCAGAGUUUCAAAGCACGAUCCCAGGCCAGACUCACCCGCAGAACUUCGGAAACCAACCCCCAGAAACCGGCUUCGCGGGCGUGUUCUGCGAGCAUUGCCACUGGGUAUUCGAAAAGCUGCGUUGUUCCUGCACCAGGGGGUCACUCAGCCGAGCUCGUCCCCUUCUCUGCCAAUGGUGCGGAUGGGAACACGGCUUCCUCUAUUGUCCUACUCAUCAUCUUAGCUUUUGGGACCAUACCUCUGUGCCUGUUCAACCUCCUGCUGAACUGACUCGGGUCUCGCACCAAACAUCACCAUAUCAAAGUGGCUACCAAGGACAAACAUACGUGCGCCAACCGCAGUGGAAUGCGCCUCCACCACAUUUAAACGCACCACAGCAAGGCUCGCAUGAAUUCCAACCACAAUUCAACCCAUCCCAAGGAUCUUCGAUGUCGCCACGGGAACCUGUAUGGGUGCACAAUGAUGCAGUUCCUGGACAACAUCUACAAGGGCCGUAUCCUCAACCAAACUAUCAUCGACAACUUUACGACCCUCGCAACCCAAGCAGGUCACAAAAUGAGCCGUAUCCGUCAGGUUCUAAUCCCCCAAAGGGUCCAAGGGCCGAGAGGCUUUCGAGGCCCAGAAGGACGAGCAGUUCACACAGUGGCCCGAAUCAGCCAGGGCUGGGGCCACGCCUUUUGAGUCCAAACCAAAAGAAGUUGUUGGAUUCGUUCAAGGGAGAUGGUGAUCGUGGAGAACAAGUCCCUUCGCAGGCUCCUGUUGCGGAAGGGAAUAUCGUAACAAGCUCGACGCUUCCGAGUCUCCAGGAGGAGACCAAGUCCGCAGGAAGCGGUCGUCAAAGGGAACACCACAACUCAAGGUGA